CAUCAGCAGCCUACGCUGAGGUAUAAACACCAUCGAUAGUUCGUGUAUAACAUGGCUGGGAUAAACACCAAUGUUAGGAAGAGAAAAUUAUGCAUAGGGUGGCUCGUGUGCUCGGGGCUGGUGACUGUGUUCAUGUUGGCACACCAGACGUCACUUCCUAGUAGUCAUGGCGCAACAGCCGCUACCACCAUCAAGCACCUGUGGCACUCCCCCGCCAGUCACUCCGUUAACGCUACAGACUGGAUUGCCAGCCCGCACGCCACCCAGGAGGUUCGCCAUAUUGGCUUCCUUAAAGUACACAAAGCCGCCAGUUCCACGAUGCAAAAUAUUUUCUUUCGGUUUGGUAUGAAACGCAAUUUGACGUUUGUGUUCACUGAUCACCCUAAUUACUUCUCACGGACGGCGUCGCACCACCUUCCGGUGGUGACUCCGCGGCUACGUGGCGGCCAUGACAUACUGUGUACACAUGGAGUGUUUAACAUACGGACGUACGGCAGCGUGCUUCCGGUGGACGCUAAGUACAUAGCGAUCGUGCGGGAGCCUCUUCAACAGUUUGUGUCUUCCGUCAACUAUUACUCACAGCCUGCCCAGCAGCUUUCUUAUCUUUCCGCCAUUCGCGGGAACAGAGUCACCGAGCUCAUCCGUAAUCCCAAAUACGACCCCGGGUUUUUCUCGUACACUAAGAACACUAUGGCUAGAGACUUUGGUUUUCCCGGAACCACCGCUCUAAAGAAAGUUUACGCAAAAUUGACAGAAUUGGAUGGCAUAUUUAAGCUAGUGCUGUUGGUGGAAUAUUUUGAAGAGUCGUUGAUAUUAAUGAAACGAUAUUUUAAUUGGAAACUUGAAGACAUUUUGUAUAUAUCGAACAAUGUUUAUAGCAAGAAAGGAUGGUCGGUACAGGACCUUACUCCAGAUGAUAUUACGAAAUUCAGACAGCGAAAUAAACUCGACUAUUAUGUAUAUGAGCAUUUUUAUGAGCGAUUUUGGCGCCAGUUCCGAUCAGAGUCCUCCGAUAUCCACCAGGAAGUUCUACACUUUAAGAGCGUUCUUGAGCGCCUUGCAGCCUUCUGUCGUGCGGAGGGCGGCGUCAACAAGGGUCUGUUAGAGAUAGAAGCAAGCGUCUGGGGAGCCGGAAUCAGCGUGAGCAGUGAUGACUGUCAGCUCAUGGUCAAAGAAGAGCUUGAUUUUAUCUCCUUACUGCGACGUAUACAAGGAAGCGAACUUGGACGCAGAAAAGCUGUGCCGUGAUUCAGAUCAUAUUGUAAAACAAUACUCAAUGCUCUGGCAUAUAAUUCUGAUCUUGGGAGAUACAAGGGCCGUCCGGCGCUGUCUUCAACGGAAAUCUUGGAUCUUCUUCUUUUUAUCCCUCCUACAUAGGAGAAACACAAUUUCCGUACGUUGAACAAAAUAUUUCACACAUGUAUAGUUCCUUCACCGCCGAAUUAUUAUCUACGAUUUAACAGUUUAUUUAACUUUGUAUAUUUACGUUUCAUAAAAAAGUUCUGAAACCAACUGUAUAGAAGAAGGCUUAACACACACAGUUGGGUAGACUACUGGGACAGGCAGACAAUCAAGAGUUCACUUCUCCGUCCGGGAACCAGCUGACUCAGCAUCCUAAUCCUGACACCGUCCAACCUGAUCCACUACACAACGUUACGGAGGUGGUCUGGUUGUAUUAUAUGAUGUUUCACAUGUGGCCAGCAGAUAAUGAUGUACUGAACAACGACUUGGUCAGAGGCACAAGAAACGUUGAUUAACGUUGUUGAAUGGAUCCCAGAAAUAAUGUCGGUCACAAUCAGAACUCAACACAGCCCAGUGAUGGGCAUCGCAGCACAAAACGUUCCGAUGUGUUGCAGAGGAAACAAAGUGUGUCUUUUUUGCGUUAAAAGCGCAUUUAUGCACUUAAGCGCAUUUUUUCUGCAUUUUAAGCGAUUUUUAUUCAUUUUAAGCCACUUUUUUCUGCAUUUUAAGCGAUUUUUUCUGCUUAGUAAGCGCAUUUCAGUAAGCGCAUUUCUUUUUCUGCAUUUAAGCGCAUGUUGGUAUAGGCGUUUUUUUAAGAAGAGUAGUCUUGCAGCUUCACGUUAUAUGCGCUUUAGAAACAGGGAUUGCUCUCUACCCGGAAUGUUUUCAUCUUCAUGUUUAUACUUUCAACAUGAGGUUGACUCUUUCAGUCCAAAAUAAUUUUACAGCUUAGUGUAUAGUGUUGACUGUCACACUAUUUGAGAUACCAUCACGAAUACAGUGGAACACCGUUGGCUCGAACUCCCAGGGACCGGCGAAAAUACUUCGAGUCUCGGAAAAUUCGAGCUAAGCGGGAAUGCUUACCUUCAGUUUUAAGAAAUCGGUCCUUUACAUCCAGUUUGAGCCAAAGAGGAAUUCGAGCCAACGGGCGUUGACUGUAGUUAAUAUUGACAUGAGAUUAAAGGAUGAAAGAUGUCUGCGCUUCAAUGUCUGUCCGCAAAAUCAUUAAAUAUCUCAUGGCUCUCCACUAAUCCGCUCUUACUCUUUGGUUGUGUUCAUGAAUUUACCAAAUGUUAUUAUGUGUUAUGCAUUAUAUUUUACUGAAUCAGUAUUGACUUUAAUUGUACCAAAAACGUAUAUCAACGACUUGUUUCCAGACAUUGGUCUCCUUUGUAGUGUUAGUCUCUUAUCGUUUUGAUACUUUUUACCUAUUUUUUAAUUUUAUAUUAUUACUUUUGUCACUUCAAAUUGAUGUCAAAUAAAUGCUUCAUGUAUUGUUUAGAA